AUGCCCGAACUGUUACACGCGUCCCACCCUUCCCUUUCCUCUCACCACUUCUCCCCUCCGCUGCGUCUCUCCCUUUCCCACACCUUCUCCUCUCUUCCCCUUCUCCUCUCUUCCCCUUCUCCUCUCUUCCCCUUCUCCUCUCUUCCCCUUCUCCUCUCUUCCCCUUCUCCUCUCUUCCCCUUCUCCUCUCUUCCCCUUCCCUCCAUGACCUCAAUCAUCCGCUUUUCACCCUCGUCCCAUCCACUGGCAGCGCUGCAAGAGAGACACGUGACGCUUCGCCAACGGCUGCUGGGGUAA